GCGCGCGGCAGCUCAGAGCAGGGCGUGCAGCUGCGCGCCGACGGCCCCGCGCGCUCCUCGCCGCGCCGCAGCGGAGCCGGGCCGGGCGGCAGCAGCAGCAGCAGUAGGAGCAGUAGGAGCGGGAGCAGCAGCGGCGGGAUGAGGCGUCGCGGGGUGCGGGCGCUGCUGCUGCUGCUGGGGGUGGCGCUGGCGCUGGCCGUGCUGGCGCGCGGCGCGGCGGCCGAGGAGGACGAAGAAUCACUUACAAAAGAAAUUGAUGAUGAUGAUGAUGACGACGAUGAUGAAGAGGAAGAUGAUGACGAUGAUGAUUCUGAAGUUAAAGAAGAGAAUGGUGUGUUGAUCUUGAAUGAUGCAAACUUUGACACCUUUACUGCAGACAAGGACACUGUGCUGCUGGAGUUCUACGCGCCAUGGUGUGGGCACUGCAAGCAGUUUGCUCCUGAAUAUGAGAAGAUAGCCAAAACUUUGAAAGAAAAUGACCCUCCUAUUCCAGUUGCCAAAAUUGAUGCUACUGCAGCCACUUCGCUAGCAAGUCGUUUUGAUGUCAGUGGCUACCCAACCAUUAAAAUCCUGAAAAAAGGCCAGCCUGUUGACUAUGAUGGUUCUCGAACAGAAGAUGAAAUUGUAGCCAAAGUCAAGGAGGUUUCUGACCCCAACUGGACCCCUCCACCAGAAGCUACAAUGGUAUUGACCCAAGAUAACUUUGAUGAUGUUGUGAAUAGUGCUGACAUAAUUCUGGUGGAAUUCUAUGCUCCAUGGUGCGGACACUGCAAAAGGCUUGCUCCAGAAUAUGAGAAGGCUGCUCAGGAACUCAGCAAGCGCACACCUCCUAUUCCUCUGGCUAAAGUCGAUGCCACCGCUGAAACUGACCUUGCAAAGAAGUUUGAUGUUAGCGGCUACCCAACUCUGAAAAUAUUCCGCAAAGGCAAACCUUAUGACUACAAUGGUCCCCGAGAAAAAUAUGGUAUUGUCGACUACAUGAUUGAACAGGCUGGUCCUCCAUCUAAACAGAUUCAGGCUACCAAGCAGGUACAGGAAUUUCUGAAGGAUGGGGAUGAUGUCAUCAUUAUUGGUAUCUUUAGUGGGGAGACUGACAAAGCCUAUCAGCUCUAUCAGGAAGCAGCUAAUGGCUUAAGAGAAGACUACAAGUUUCACCACACCUUCAGCAAUGAGAUUGCAAAACUAUUGAAAGCAUCUCCUGGAAAACUGGUUGUAAUGCAGCCAGAAAAAUUUCAGUCAAAGCACGAGCCCAAGAUGCAUGUUUUGGAUCUUAAAGAUUCUACAGAUGGAUCAGAGAUCAAAGAGCACGUGCUAAAACAUGCUUUGCCUCUAGUUGGUCAUCGCAAGCCUUCCAAUGAUGUUAAAAGAUACACGAAGCGUCCUCUAGUGGUUGUCUAUUAUACUGUAGACUUCAGUUUUGACUAUCGUGUUGCUACUCAAUACUGGAGAGGCAAAGUUCUGGAAGUGGCCAAGGACUUCCCUGAAUAUGUGUUUGCUGUUUCUGAUGAGGAAGAUUAUUCUUCUGAAAUAAAGGAUCUAGGACUUCUUGAGAGUGGAGAGGAUGUCAAUGUUGCCAUUCUGGAUGAAGGUGGCAAGAAAUAUGCCAUGGAGCCAGAGGAGUUUGAUUCUGAUGUACUCAGGCAAUUUGUGCUGGCAUUCAAAAAAGGAAAACUGAAGCCUAUUGUGAAGUCCCAGCCGGUGCCAAAAAAUAACAAAGGGCCCGUGAAAGUGGUAGUGGGUAAAACUUUUGAUACCAUAGUAAUGGAUUCAAAGAAUGAUGUUCUCAUAGAGUUCUAUGCCCCGUGGUGUGGACACUGCAAGAAACUAGAACCAGUGUAUAAUGAGCUAGGCAAAAAAUACAAGAAUGAGAAAAAUCUAGUCAUAGCCAAGAUGGAUGCUACUGCCAACGACGUGACAAAUGACCACUACAAAGUAGAAGGAUUCCCUACUAUCUACUUCGCUCCGAGGGACAAGAAGAACAAUCCUAUUAAAUUUGAAGGCGGGGACAGAGAUUUAGAGCAUUUGAGCAAAUUCAUAGAGGAGCAUGCGACAAAACUCUCCAGAACAAAAGAAGAGCUUUAGAUAAGAUGAGGGAUGGUAAAGAAAGAAUUUUUUGUACCUUGUAGUUUAAAGAAAGUUACCGACAAAACUUCCUGAGAGAAGAAUUCAGCAGCUGGAACAAGGAAAUUGUUGAGCAGUAAAGCAAUUGCAGUAUGUCUUUUUUGCAUUGCAGGAAAGUUUUCUCUGGACACUGAACUUCUAUGAUAUGAAUGUCUUACGUUAGUUAUGGUUUUGAUCUUUGGAGGAAAAAUACAUCCUUUAUUUUUUGUGACUAUCUUGACCUUGAUUCUUUGAUUUCAAUGCAACUGUUUUUUAGAAGUUAAAAGAUACUACCAAAAAGAGAGAACCAAAUUCCUCUACCAAAUAUAUUUGUCUUCUUUGUUGGUAUAGUUACUUUGGGAGCAAGAGAGCUUAGCUUCCUGCUAUAUUUCUGUAUACUUACUCAGGUGACUGUAUUACUGUAUAGAUUGAGGGUAAGAAAGGGGGUUUUCUAAAGUGUGGAUGAAGUACUCAGUGCUAUUGAGAUAAGACACCAGUAAUGUGCUAACUAAAUACACACUAGACUUGUCUGCUUUUGAUUUAUGGAUCUCUGUAGAGCGAGUGAUGAUAUAAUAAUGAGAAGUCACUUAGAAAAAUUUGAUAUGUGUUCAUAUUGACCAAUUUAUAUCUUAGUCUUCCCAAAUAUGUUUUGGAGCAAUUGGAGCAUGAUGGAAAUAGCAUCUAGUGGGGCUAGUGCUUGGAUUCUGAUAUCAGGUCUGUGUGUUGCUGUCUCGGAGAAGAUAGUGUUUGGUACUGAUUCUUCUGUGAGAAAGACUGGACUUAGCAGUCCAGAAACAGCCUGCCUUUUUCCAGAGCUCUGAUGCUAUAGCGUGUGCCACUUGAGUGUCACUGGAGCAAUUUUGCAGCAAACUUAACUUUACAGGUAAUGCUCCUGACCUAGCAGCAUUGUUUUCUGUCUUAGAAAAGACCAAAAGACCAAGUCUUCCCUCUGUUUCUGUGCUGCAUUAGUUUUUCAGCUUUUUGGAGGGUGUGAAAUCUAAAACCACCACCCAGUCUUUUUUUCUCCUGAUGAGACAGCAUCUUCUGUGUAGCAAGAAUAAACCCACAUCCAGGAUUUGGUUGUUAAAGUACAGCCUAAAGCCUGCAAAGGGACAAGUAAUGCUUCUCCUCUCCUAGUGUACUUCACAUCCCUGUUGAAGGGGGUGUGCCUCUGCCUCAGUAAGAGACCGUUUCCACCUGACAGUUAACAACCUACCCAGCAAAGUAUGACUAAAUUCUCACAGAGGUGAAUGAGACUGCAUGAAAGCUUUCCCUUCAUUAAAAAUUAAACAGAAGCUAUUGAACAAAGCUCACCAGCAGAUUAUGAAUGAAGGGGAUGGUAUUAAAUCUCCAUAGAGUGCUGGGGUGUGAGAGAUUGCAUUUAGCUCCUGUUGCUUAUCAGAGGAAGCUGAGAAGUGCUGAGCAUUUACUUACUCAGGAUAAUGUCUCAAUUGCUGCUUUGUGUUAAAGCAGGUGUAGUCAUUUACUUCAUGCCCUGGCAUUGUCAGUCUUCUCUUCACAGUAGAAAAGGCUUUCCUAUAGUGUCCCUAAACAUACAGAUGCAUGUUAAGUUUAGGCAAUGCUUCAUCUACAAGACUCUUCCAAAGUGCAUUAUCUUCAUCAUUGGCUGUUUCUGUUUACAGCUUUUCUGUAGAGCCUUCAGAGACCACAAUCUGUGGUAAUUGUCUAUGUGUAGGUAAUAGGACUGAGAUCAAACUUAGCUGAGCGUCAAUGUGUUAGAGAUGAUUUUUCAGCUUUGCAGGAUGUAUAUAACCCAAGCAGAAUGUUCUGUCCUGUUUCUGCCAGUUCCUAUCAGCUCGUUUUUUCAAAGAAGCAAGCACAGACUUUUUAAAUCUGUUCUCAAACAUAGUUUAGGUUCUAUCCCUGAGAUACCUCACUUAGCACUGUGGGAAACUAAAUUGCUCCUGCUUAUCGUUUGCUCUUACAAUAGAUUAGUUGCAGGCUUGUAGGUAUUUAUUCCAAAACAGAUGUUGCCUAACCAACAGGAGGACACAGAUAAAUAUAGAACAUGUAGUGGGGGAGGGAAUCCCUUGCUGGGGCUGAGGCUCCAUUCUUGGGACAGUAAAUGUCAAAAGCUGAUAAGAAUUUUCCACCUCUUCUUGCAGCUGCUAACUUCAUAUCACUGCCAGUACUGUACUGCUUCUGGAGAUCUGUCUUCCACAGGAGGCUGUGUGGGCAGAAGCUGCUCUGGGUUGAAAGCAAGCUCUCCAGCCUGCCCGGGAGCCUUGCAGCUAUACAAGCCCCUGGGAGUGGUAGAGCUGUGCUUGCAUGGCAGUCCUGCGGGCUUCCUCUUCCCUGCCUUUGCAGGUGGAAACAGCCUGGGUUGCAGAUACUUAGGGAUGUGCUUAGGGACUGGGUUUUAUUUUGGGGUGGCAGUGCUGAAGUCAGAGCAGUGUAAGAGAGAAAUAAGCCUAGCUGUAGUAUUACUAACUUAAUUUCCUGGCAUCUGUAAGCUGCAAGAGCAGUGAAAGGGGUGAAUUAAAGAGGGGUGAAUUCCUCAUUCUGUGUUGGUGUCAUUUGGCUGUAUUUCUCACAAGUCCUUGCCUGUCACCCUCGGCACCUCCACUCUGUAACUGAUGUAUUUAUCCUGACUACUUUCCAGCAGAAUAGAGAACACUGUUGUCUGUCAGCUUGAAGCAAAGUUAUACUGGAAAGCAAAUGAACUUCCUUAGCUCCUAUAUCCCAUCCCCUGUUACGUGCAUUGUCAGGAUCCCACAGACUUUCUCUGAGACUUGGCCCUGAGCUAGGAGUCUCACUGGGGUGGUUUGAUCAUUAGGCCAUAGCUAGAUAAAGCUAUCUACCUGAAAGGUGACUUUUCUAAAACUGUGCUUGAUGCUCAUAAGGAAAAUAAGUCAUACCAUCUAUUGGAUUUUCUAUUAAAUGCUUUUCCCUUUCUGUUCUGUUCCCUUUCUGUUUCCCUUUCACAUUAGAGUGGCGUCUAUUCAUCCUAAACUCCAUUAAGGUAUUACCUAAGUGCUACUGGUCAGUUUUGGUGUUUCACCUCUUACAAAAGGGGGGAAAAAAAUACACACAGUGCAGAAAAGCAAGGGAGGAGGUCGCUUGAUCUUAAUACAGCUGUACAAGCAUAUGAUACCAUCUCUGGUUGUAGUUCCAAGUGGAACAAAGCUUACAGUUCAGGCUUCAGCACACGAUUGCAUAGCAGUAACCGUUCCCAGAUAGGCUGCAAGGAGCUCAGUGGGAAAGACUUACUACCAGAUCAUGUUCUCAUGCACAGCUUUGAGGGUGGGAAAAUAAUAAUCUGUAAACUGGGGUACAGUUUAUGUAGUCAGAGCUGAGAUUUCAGGGCUACUCCGUUGCCCUGAAGGGCAGAGGAUUGGGGUGGCUACCUCCAGCACAGCCGCUCCUCCACUGAAAGUGAGUUUCUGUUCUAGCUGUAGGGCAGUCAAGGCCACAGUAAAUGCUGUCCUAGGACUUUGAUGCUAGCUUUUUUUUUUUUUUUUGUAUUGAGAGAGAUUAACAAGCCAUCUUUCUGCAAUCAAAGUUACAACCUGGCUUCUACAAAACAAUUUUGUUCUUCUAUGCUGUUAAUUAUGGUGAUGUUUGGGGAUGGCCCAAGAUGUGUUUGAUAGCAAGCAAGGCAUUACAGAGCAGACAAUUUCAUGAAGAUAUUUGCCCUCCUGUAAGGCUAUAUGUUGAGAUAACGGGCUUCUGGAAAUUCAACUGUGAAUAAGAAUGUAUGUUAGAGGUUAAAGACUUCAGAAAGCAGCAAUAAAUGUGGUCAAAAUUCUGUCCUUUCUCUUACAGUAGGCAGGUAAAACCCCUGCAAGCUGCCUGUGCUCCAAACUGCAUUUGGUCAUGAUCUGAAUUGGAACUGUACAAGGAUCAGAGGACUGAGUGUUGCAGCCUGUGGGGUAAUGAGUAUAUCAAGCCCCAUGCAAGCGAGUAUGUAACCCACAAAAGCGAUACAAAGCCAUGUGUUUGUGAAGUACAGCAAGCAAAAGCCAAAUUGCUUAAGUUGCAUAGCUCCCUUUUUGGUAAAAAGUGGGUAGCUGUGACCAAUGGUAUCUGAAAGCUCUGAAGUGCUGCAGUACCUUACCUCUGUUACUAGGUGUUUCUGGGACAUUGGUUUGAAUUGUGGGUUGUCACAGGAAUCACUACAAAUCACCAUGGUCCAUGGUGACCAGGUUCCCCUGGUGUCAAGGAAGAAGGGCUUCCCUGCUUUUCCUGCCUGAACCUGUAGUAGGUUGCAGGAAGCCAUGGGCUGGCAAAAGCUUUCUAGACACACAGCCUCACUUGAAAUCUGUGUCCAGAGUCCCACAGAGCGCAGAAGGCUGCUUGCUCAUCUUUGGCAGACCCUUGGCCCUGAAGCUGACUUCCUUGGACGCUAUUGUGCAUCCUUCCAGAGUCCAGGAGCCAUGGACUGCUGUCAUUUCAGCAUGAAUGAGGUUCCUGUGCCAUGAACAGCUGGUCUUAUGCGAAGCCACCUUGUGGUUACCUGAGUCUUUGUACCAUGGCUCUCUGGGGAACUCCUGAAGGCCUAUCUGGCCAAGUCCUUGGCAGAGGCUGAGUGAGACUGCUCGGUUCUGGAAGGUUGUGGCCACUCUCCAUUUUCAUCUCUGCUUGUAGAGAGGAAAAGAUUUCCUCUGUGACUUACCAUGACUCUAUACAUCAGAAAGGCGGAAGUUUCCCUUCCAGAAAUGCUCUUUGUUCAAAUCCCAAGCUCUGUGCAGCUUGGUAAACAAAAACGCAGAGAAGAUAAAGCUACAUUUAACACAACCAUGCAAAUAAAACCCUUAUCACUAUCAGUAACCCAAUCCUUUGAUGGAUUUCAUUGUGCUGGGGUUUUGAACAGCCAUUUGUUUCUUCAUUGUGAAAGCUGAUGUUUGUCAGCCUGCUCUUGAUUAAUGUGCUACUUCUCGCUUUAUCUAAGCUACAGUAACCUUCUUGAAAUUUAGUAUGCUUUGUCUUAAAAUAGAGAAUUAUUCUGUAAUACAGCCUAGCACACUGCUGCUCAAAGUGAUAGAAGUAGUGUAAAAGAAAAUACUGCAGAAGGUGGGCUCAGAAGAAAAGUAACUGAUAACCCAUGCUUCUAUAAAGUCUGAGAAAUCAAGACUAGACAUGACCAUUUACUCACUCUGAUUUCUUUACAUAUCUGUCUGUGUUUCCAGCUGUUUAAGCCUAAUAACUUGCAUUUAACCUAUGUACCCAUUUUAAAAAAAAGUCUACACAUAAGUCAUAGAGCUUUCGUUAAGUGCUGAUGCUACACUGAUGUCCACAAAAUGCAUUCAGGUAAUGGAUCGUGCCUUGAAAGUAGUACUAUUUUGAGUACAGAAGGCAAUUUUGCAUUCAAUUACAGAGUGAUAUAGUUCAUGUUACUUCUGCUUUUACCUAGAGGUCUUCACAGAGGGCCUAGUGGCAGGGGGGUUGAGCUUUGUUCAAGAUCCUUCCAACAAAUCUGAAGGAGAAAUAAGCAAGCAGCAUGUGCAAAUCUAGAGAGGCAUUUAUUGGUGUACUAACCAUUCCAUUGAAAUUUAAGUGGCCUUACUAAUCUGCCUCCCUCUAUUUUUCUGAGAGCUCAUCCUUAGAGUUCAAUUCAGACAAAGCUGUUGUUAAAUCUUUAAAUAGAAAAAUCACUGAAUAAAUGAAAAAAAAGGUCA